UCCUUUUGAAUUCAAGAUUAAGUGGGAGUUGACGAUGCAUUUUUGGGUAAAGAAAGGGUCUCAAAUCUUAGUUUUACUAAUCACUACUGUAGGAGCUCGCCGGACGCUAUAAACCAUUCAAAUGCAUACAAUUCGUUUAAGUUAAAAAAAUCCAGCCCAACCUCGAUGAAAACCCCUAUAAAACCCUCCCUCCAUAUCCUCCCCCAAAACCCCCCAAACACUAAUCUCUCUCUCUCUCUCUCAUAGUGUAUUGGACAUCUCAAGGACAUCAAAAUGUGUCAGCAAAACUCUUCUCCUCCCAAUCCCUCUUAUCUUCUCUCAAUCAAAGACCCAGAGCCCAACAUACUCACACAAUCAUUGGUUCCCCAAAGCCCAACAUCAAAACAAACCCAGAAUUCUCACAGGACCCAUCUCUCUCUUGUCCUCAGAGAGGCAAUAUCUUUAGCCAAAAUAGCUCUUCCAAUGAUACUAACUGGUCUUCUUCUUUACUCUCGCUCAAUGAUCUCCAUGCUCUUCCUCGGCCGCCUCGGUGAGCUCGCCUUAGCCGGUGGUUCCCUUGCCGUUGGCUUUGCUAAUAUCACUGGCUACUCUAUUUUGUCCGGACUAGCCAUGGGAAUGGAACCAAUUUGUGGACAAGCUUUUGGUGCCAAAAGAUACAGUGUCCUUGGCCUCACCUUGCAGAGAACAAUUCUUAUGCUAAUCUUCACUUCGUUACCCAUAUCUCUUCUGUGGCUAAACAUGGAGAGAAUUUUGCUCUUUUGUGGACAAGAUGCAGCAAUAGCAGCAGAAGCACAAACAUAUCUUCUUUAUUCUCUGCCAGACCUGUUUGCACAGUCUCUGUUACACCCAUUAAGAAUCUAUUUUCGAGCUCAAUCAAUAACAUUGCCACUAACAUAUUGUGCCACUUUAGCUAUUCUUCUCCACAUUCCCAUAAAUUACCUUCUUGUUCCACACCUUAGUUUAGGAAUCAAAGGUGUUGCUCUUAGUGGUGUAUGGACAAAUUUCAACCUUGUAGCUUUCUUAAUCAUCUAUAUUCUCGCAUCUGGUGUUCAUAAGCAAACUUGGGGAGGCUUCUCAAUUGAGUGUUUUAAAGGGUGGAAGUAUCUUCUCAAUUUGGCAAUCCCAAGUUGUAUUUCAGUUUGCCUUGAAUGGUGGUGGUACGAAAUCAUGAUCUUGUUAUGUGGGGUUCUGGCGAAUCCAAGAGCAACUGUUGCAUCAAUGGGAAUUUUGAUUCAAACCACUUCACUGAUUUACAUAUUCCCUUCAUCUCUGAGCUUCAGUGUAUCCACCCGGGUAGGGAACGAAUUAGGCGCAAACGAGCCGAAGAAGGCAAAACUUGCUGCCAUUUUAGGCCUCUCUUGCAGCUUCUUGCUUGGCUUUUCUGCUGUAGUUUUCACAUUCAUGGUUCGGAAGAUUUGGGCUACUAUGUUCACUCAAGAUGAAGAAAUCGUAGCAUUGACAUCACUUGUUUUGCCAAUAAUUGGACUUUGUGAAUUGGGGAACUGUCCACAAACAACAGGUUGUGGGGUAUUGAGGGGGACAGCUAGGCCUAAAUUUGGGGCAAAUAUCAACUUGGGUUGUUUCUACCUAGUUGGGAUGCCAGUGGCAGUAUGGUUGGCUUACUUUGCUGGGUUUGAUUUUCAGGGGCUGUGGCUUGGACUCUUGGCUGCACAAUUCUCUUGUGCGGUGACUAUGUUAGUGGUUCUGGGUAGAACAGAUUGGGAAAUUGAAGCCCAGAGAGCUAAAGAGCUGACUAGAGCUAUGAUGGUGGCUCCUGUUGAUGAAGUUGAGGAGGAAGAAAAGACAACUAGAGCUGAAAUCAAGGAAGAUUUUGUUUAUUUAGUGAAUGACUUGGACACUAGUGAUUACCAAUCACUUGUUUAAUCAAUCACUUUGUAUUUUCUUUUCUUUUUAAAUGGGGCACUAAGUUGUAGAGGAAAUAGAAACUAACAGUAACAGGUUAAUUGUACUCUGUUUUAUGCUCUAUACAAAUUAGACCAGAAUUUUGUUUUGUUCAAAGUAUUUGAAUGGGAAGAUGACACAAUUGGGCAGGCUCACUGAA